AUGAGCAACAGAAAGCGUGGCCUAGAUCCCUAUGCUGCUCAGUCGGAUAGAACAGCCAUCGGCUCGGGCCCAAGCUCAAAGAAGAAAGUCAAAUUCUCCAAAGCUGAUCCAGUAAGCUUGACAGACGAUGGCGACGCCGAGCUCGACUUCCCAGGUCAGAGCAAGAAGCGCAACAGCCGAUCUGCCCGACGGGGCACCAUCCAGACUGACGGCUACGACUCUGACUCGUCUGACGAGGGUAAACCUGCCGCUGCCGAUUCAGCUACCAAGCCAGGUCAGGAAGAUGAUGACGAUGACAUGUUCGGUGCGGCGACGGGUACCUCAUCUGCCAAUGCUGUCCCGCCUUCCGCGUCUGGGAGCAAUCCAGACAGAGUGAGAGAUGCGGGAUUGGAGCCCAAGGGUUCAGCUGCAAGUCAGAAAGAGUUUCUCGACCUCAACGAUAUAGAGGGUCAAGAGAUCUCUGCAAAGGAUAUGCGGGACAGCGAGGAUGAAGACGAUGGUCCGAGGGGCAAGAGAGGGAAGAAAGCUCAGUCGAACGAGGAGGAAACGAGCGAGAGUGAGGAAGAGGAAUUUGAGCAAGGUGACGAGCACGCCAAUGCCGAUGAUGCUCCUCGCUCGAGGAGGAGCAAGAAGGGCAUGGGAUACGCCAUGUCUGGCUUCAACAUGGUCGAAGAACUCAAAGAGGGCAGGCUAGCAGCAGAUGGCACAUACUUACAUUCUGGCGGCGACCCGCUUGCGGUCCAUGAUGCUUGGCUGCAAGGUGUCUCGUCGAAGAAGGAGAUCAAAGCGGCUCGGCUGGCGAAAGAAAAACGUGAUGCCGAAGUGGAAGCGCAAGAGAAAGCAGAUCGAGCGAGAUUACCUGCUUCCGCUGCUCAAUGCUACAGCAUACUGGUCGAUGGCGGGCCGAUCAGGCCAGGCGAGAGCGUCAUGGCCGCUCUCAAACGAUUGGGCGAUGCAAAAAAGGCUGCCCCCGAGGGCAGAGACAUACUAGAACAGAUCGAGCUUCUUACGCGAAUGGCCUCAUUGCUGCUCGACACGUACGGCGAGGCCGAUAUCUACGAGAGCACGUACGAAUCCAUCAUUCGUACGCUAAGGAUAGAGGGCGAAGUGCCGAGAGGUUGGGAGCCCAAGCCACCCAUGACUAAUUCGGGAGAUGCAAUCCAGCCAGAGUCUCGUGCAGACAAGACAACGAGGAAAGCCGACGGGCUGGUCAAACGACCCGCUAUUUCUCGUCCGAGCCAGCCCGAGCCUGCCUCCGUCAAGCAGCAAGAACCGCAAUACUUGUAUCGCUGGAAGGCAGACUCAGGCGUGGCAUCCGAUCAAAUCGACAAGACGUUUGGCCCGUUUCCACAAUCCUCAAUGGAGAGCUGGAUCAGCGCCAACUUCUUUGGCGGAUCCGAUGCGAGCAAGAUCCUUGUCCGGCGCGAAGGAGCGGGACAAGAUUGGCAAGCUUGGCAACAAGCCAGACUGUAG